GUAUACUGCCUCCGGAGCUGAGGGGAUUCGGCCAAAAUGGCGGACUCGCAGCCGUCUAGUGUUGGAGAGGAGCCGGAGACAGAGAAGGAGGAUAAGGGCAGCGUCCAAAGGACUGUUAGAGUUGAGAAACCUGGGGACAUCGGCGGGUUGACGGAGACGCUACGAUUUGACGAUAAAAAGAGCAGCGGUAAAGACAAGAAGCGAAACCUGUCAGACCUGUCCUUGGUCAGGUUCAUACGAACUGAGCUGACCCGAGGUUACUUCCUGGAACACAAUGAGGCCAAAUACACAGAGAGGCGGGAGAAGGUGUACACCUGCCUUCGGAUCCCUAAGGAGUUGGAGAAGUUGAUGACUUUUGGCUUCUUCCUGUGUCUGGAUGCGUUCCUCUAUGUCUUCACCCUGCUGCCCCUCAGAGUUCUGCUGGCCCUCUUGCGGCUUCUCACGCUGCCAUGCUGUGGACUAAGUGGCUCUCGCCUGCUGCAGCCGGCGCAGGUGUGCGACGUGCUGAAGGGCUUCAUCAUGGUGCUGUGCUACUGCAUGAUGAGCUACGUGGACUACUCCAUGAUGUACCACCUCAUCAGGGGCCAGUCCGUCAUCAAGCUCUACAUCAUUUACAACAUGCUUGAGGUGGCGGACCGGCUGUUCUCUUCCUUUGGCCAGGACAUCCUGGACGCCCUGUACUGGACGGCCACUGAGCCCAAGGAGAAGAAGAGGGCCCACAUCGGAGUCAUCCCCCACUUCCUCAUGGCUGUGCUCUACGUCUUCCUCCAUGCCCUCCUCAUUAUGGUCCAGGCCACCACCCUCAACGUGGCCUUCAACUCCCACAACAAGUCCCUGCUCACCAUCAUGAUGUCCAACAAUUUUGUGGAGAUCAAAGGAAGUGUCUUCAAGAAGUUUGAGAAGAACAACUUGUUUCAGAUGUCAAACAGUGACAUCAAGGAGAGGUUCACCAACUACAUCCUGCUGCUCAUCGUCUGCUUGAGGAACAUGGAGCAGUUUUCCUGGAACCCUGACCACCUGUGGGUUCUCUGUCCCGAUGUCAUCAUGGUCAUCGCUUCCGAGGUUGCCGUGGACAUCAUCAAGCACGCCUUCAUCACCAAAUUCAAUGACAUCAGCGCUGACGUAUAUGGAGAGUACCGAGCCAGCCUGGCCUUUGAUCUCGUGAGCAGCCGACAGAAAAACGCGUAUACAGACUACAGUGACUCAGUCUCCAGGAGAAUGGGCUUCAUCCCUCUUCCUCUGGCUCUACUGUUGAUCAAAGUGGUGAGCAGCUCGGUGAAGAUCAAGGGCUCCCUGUCCUAUAUGUGUGUGCUGCUGUUUUAUUUAGGGAUGAUCACCCUGAAGGUGUUGAAUAGCAUCGUCCUGCUGGGCACGUCGUGUGUGUUCGUCAAGCAGGCCAACAUGGAGGAUAAGCUGUUCGAGCCCCCGCCCUCUGUUGCCACCAGCCGGGUCAACUCCAGAGCCCACCGUGCCAAACACCCCCACACUGCACCCCCACAAGAUCCGGCGGCGGAAAAGGGGGGGGCAGUGCCUACAGCUGACCUAUCGCAACCCGCCCACCCGUCAGCAGGCCCCGCCCCCACGCUGCCUACCAGCCCGUCGGACACGUUCCUGACCACGCCGGACGAGGACGAGGAGGACGACCACCGCCGCCGCCACCAGAUGGCCGGCGCGGACACGGGACCGGAGGAGGAGGGCCUCAAGCCCAGGACUCACAAGAAGGACCUGCUGGAGAUAGACCGCUUCACCAUCUGUGGCAACCGCAUAGACUGAUGGCCCAUCACGGCUGCGCUGCAGUCAGCCCAACGGUUCAGGGAUCACGCACACACAAACACACACACACACACACACACACACAGGGCCCGUCCAGGAGCGCACGGACACGGACUCACUCCAGCGCGGCGAGUCCCUGGGUUAUUUAUUUGAUAUAUUUAUUACCGACGAGACGACUCCCAAGGCUUUAGCGCUGUUAGAGGGACAAGCCGUGAAGCCGCCGCCGCCACGCACGACGUCAGCUGAAAGGACUACAGGGGUCGGUUGACGCACGCCCACGUCCCCGAAAAAAACCGCACGGAAGGGGCGUGGCCUUGGUUGCUAUGACAACCCGAGGCCAGCAAAAGCUGAGGAGGCAUGGAGGCAUGG